AGUAUUCUGAUUCCCUGUAUCGUCUAUUUUUAUAGGCCUUAGCGGCUGACAAACGCCCCAGUCUACAAUGACAGUGAAUGAUAAUUAAUGAGAAGUCAGCCAUGGACUCUUCAUCCUGCUCAUUGUCAAGUUCGCUGCGUUGAAUUCGCCUUCUCUUCGGCAGACGUUAGCUGCGCACUUUUUCCAUUAUAAAAAAAGGUGUCGAUUUUCAUUCUCUAAUCUCCCGUCGCCGUCCUCUUUCCAUUCGUUCAUAUCUAUUGCCAGAGUCUUGAGUACGUCCAAGACUCGCUUCAAGUAUAUUGAUCUCUGUCGAUGAAUCCACUAGAGUCUUCCUGCAGAGCUUACUGCAGAUCCUUCUGCUGCAGCACUCCACUGCAUCAUCUACACAUGAAGCGCUUCUCAUUUAUCUCCGAAUUAACCCAGACCCGACUAGCAUCGCGACAAUUUCACUCGUCGCGCUCACUUUUCUCAUCCUCGUCCUCCCCCCCCUCGCGCAUCACCUACCGUAUCGCCGUCUCCUCCUCGGGCAAAAGCCGCCGUUUCCACCCCUCCCACAACGUCUAUCCCUUCGACCCAGCCCAACAUGAUGCGCUUGGUUUCACGGCAAUAGAAGAACGGAACCCCGUCCUCAGGCGCAGGAAAAGGCCGGACAGCGGCGAAGAUUCGUUCUUCGUGAGCAAAAUUGGGGGCCAGAAUCCUUCUUCGUUGGAUGCCGUCGCUUUCGGCGUUGCCGAUGGCGUCGGGGGAUGGGCACAAUCCCGAGUCGAUCCGGGCGAUUUCUCGCACGGAUUAUGCGGAUAUAUGGCACAUUCGGCGCUGGCGUGGAAGGGACCCGCGGACAAGCUACGAGCCAAGAAUCUGUUACAAGUAGGGUAUGACCGAGUCCUCGAGGAUGAGGCAAUUGUCGCCGGUGGAUCGACGGCAAGCGUGGGCAUCGGUCUGAAUGACGGACGGGUAGACCUGGCGAAUCUAGGCGAUUCAGGCUCAAUCCUCUUCCGUCUCGCAGCCGUCCACCAGUACUCCACGCCGCAAACGCACUCCUUCAACACUCCAUACCAGCUUAGCGUUAUCCCUCCUCGAAUGCGUCUCCAGGCCUCCAUCUUCGGUGGUGAUUACCUCCAAGACCAACCGAGCGAUGCCGCCGUCACAGGCAUUCAGAUGCAACACGGUGACGUCCUCGUCCUCACGACGGACGGCGUCUUCGAUAACCUCAACAACCAAGAGAUCCUGAAACUAGUCACGAAGAGAAUGGUCCUAAGCGGCGCUUGGACCGCCACAGACCAAAUGGGGAUAUCUGUUUCAGAUGAUCUGGAUCAAUUGACCUCGUUGUCAUCAACAACACCCCAACAACAUUCCGCAUCUACAUCUCCAUCUCCAUCAGCCAUUGAUACAGACGACCCAACCAGCCACAAGCCAAACAACACAGUGGAUCUCCUAAAGAACCCAAUGCAUUCCCUCCAGGCCCUCCUCGCCACAACCAUCGCUGGAGAAGCAAAACGCGCCAGUCACAACUUCCGCCGUGAUGGGCCCUUCGCGAAAGAAGUCCAACGCUACUAUCCCGGCGAUUGGUUCCGAGGGGGGAAAGUAGAUGAUAUCUGCGUCUUGGUAGUCGUGGCCGUUGAAGAAGGCCGUGGUCAACGCAGACAGGGGUGAACUGAGUUGAUUGCGCAGUAAGUCAAUUGCCUACUGUUUGGCGCAGAGUGUGCUAUGUUCAAUGCAAUGCAUAAAAUUUAAUUUUUCUUUUCUUCUGCAUGUACAGGGUUUUGGCUUUUCUUCUUGCUUUUGUCUCGUAACAUUAACAUUACUAUAUGUCACUAUUUACUAUAGACUAUAAAGACUGGAUGGUGGGAGUACAGGAUGGAUAUAGGGCAUCAUAUUUUAAUCUUGGAGGGAUCUGUGAAUUUGAAUUGACAAUGUAAUAUUAUUCUGUGCUUGCUUAAAUGGACAUGUACUCUGUUCAGAGUAUACUCUUAGGACUGCUUCAUUAUAGUG